UUCGAGUUUCGGCGGUUACGGUUUUGUCCUCGUUCAGGUAUUUUGUGACGGAUUGUUCAGAGCUAUGCUAUAUGAAAAGACGCCAUCUCACACUUUCGGUUUGGAUACCCCACAUUUCAGUCAGGCCGCACUAGCACAUGUGAUUAACAAAGUUGUAAUCUUGCAAUGUCACAAUAUCAAACAGCUCAUGCAGCAUCCGUACAACAAACUUUAAAAGUUGUGGAAACCAACCUUUCAUCUCUUGGAUCAGGACCAUACACACCAGAACAAGCGGAAAAAGUUCAAGAAUUGAAUCAACUGAAACAAAAAUUGUGCCAGAUACAAGCAACUGGUGGUACAACUGCUGGUUUCAAUUUACAGCAGCAAGCAGCUAAGCCAAUUGUUAUGAACCAACCUAGCCCUGCACCUGUCACUAAUAUGAUCCCGGGAAUGGUGACUCAGACUACAAUUAAGACAGAGUUGCAACCGGCUGUGGUCUUGUCACAAGGGUCAGCUACAUCAGCUGCAAUUGAAGAUGACAAAAUAUUAAGUAAACAGAGACUUCAUGAACUUGUAAAAGACAUUGAUCCGAAUGAACAACUAGAUGAUGAUGUGGAAGAAAUGUUGAUGCAAAUAACUGAUGAUUUUAUAGAAAGUGUUGUUGCAUCAGCAUGUGACCUUGCUAGGCAUAGAAACUCUAGUGUUUUGGAAGUCAAAGACAUGAAAUUCCAUUUAGAAAAUCAUUGGAAUAUUGAUGUUUUAGGAUAUGGUUCAGAUGAAAUAAAACCAUUUAAGAAAACAGUUUCCACAGAAGCUCAUAAACAAAGAUUGGCACUCAUAAGAAAAGCGACUAAAAAGUGAUCGCUUGUAUUUUGGUUACAUUCACAAGCUAUUCUAAUGUAUAUACAGUCAAGGAUGGUCGAUCAUGUUGAAAUCAUAGUUGGACAUGUUAUAUAAAGGUGACCAAAAAACAUAAUGCAUAAUAUCUCUA